UAUAGAAAUAUUAUAUUGACAUUUUGACAAAGACCCAUGCUUACUCAGACGCCAAGGCUAAGGAGCUCGCAUCACCAGACUCCUUCCUGGGCGACAAACCAGCUUCGUCUCCACACCCAUACUCCAAACCUCCAAAAUCUACGAUGGGAAGCAAUUCUGCAGAACAAGAAGGCAGUCACGUCGUCACGAUUUGGGAGGUCGACAAGGAGCGGCUUGCCCAGAUGGAAAAGAGGAUCUCCGAGACCACCCCGCAAUUACUAAGAAUUGCCGCCGGAAGAAGCGGUUGUUGCAUCUUCAGAGUCCCCCAUAACCUAAUCGACAUCAACGGCGAGUGGUACCAGCCCCGCAUAGUCUCCAUCGGACCCUACCACCGCGGCCAGCCUAAUCUCCAAAUGAUGGAGGAGCACAAGUGGCGCUACCUCCGUUCUUUACUAUCCAGGACGAAGGAAGCCAAAGGUAUAACAUUAGAAGACUACUUGAAAAGCAUACACCCACUUGAAAAGGAUGCCAGAGAGUGUUAUUCAGAAACCAUCCACCUCGGAACCGACGAGUUCCUCGAAACGAUGGUUCUUGAUGGUUGUUUUAUACUCGAAUUGUUUCGCAAGGUUGACAAUACGAAUCUGUUCGACCCCGAAGAUCCUCUCGUGACUAAUCUGUUCGACCCCGAAGAUCCUCUCGUGACUAUGUCGUGGAUAUUACCUUUUUUCUACAGGGACUUUCUCCGGCUCGAGAAUCAGAUCCCUUUCUUUGUUCUCGAACGGUUGUUUGAAAUUUCCAAAACACCUGAUGAGGAGUCUGGCCCGUCUUUGUCCUUGCUCGCAAUGCGAUUCUUCAACAACUCAAUGGAAAGACCUGACGAAGUCAUAGAGAGCUGUAACAAUCUCAAAGGCCUGCAUUUGUUGGAUUUGGUUCGGUCAAGUUUUAUCCCACAGGGAGAAAAAUCACCUCCACACAAGGUCGACACACCCACCCAUAUCAUUCACUGCGUCUCGAAGCUCCGCAGCUCCGGGAUCAAGCUCAAUCAGGCCAAGAAGGCGGAGGAGAGUUUCCUGGUGGUGAAGUUCAGGCGCGGCGUGAUUGAGAUGCCCAGCAUAACCAUCGACGAUUUCAUGAGCUCUUUAUUACUCAACUGUGUGGCGUUUGAGCAGUGCCACAGUAGCUCCUCCAUGCACUUCACCACCUACACUACUUUCUUGGAUUGCCUCGUGAACACCGCCAGGGACGUCGAGUACCUCUGCGACCGCAACAUUAUCGAGAAUUACUUCGGUAACGACGCCGAGGUGGCGCGGCUGAUCAACAAUAUGGGGAAGGACGUGGCGUUUGAUACUAAUCUUUCUUAUUUGUCCCAGUUGUUCAAUGACGUGCACCAGUAUUACCGGAACAGUUGGCAUGUACAGUGGGCGAGCUUUAAGUAUACGUAUUUUGAUACGCCGUGGUCCUUCAUUUCGGCAAUGGCGGCCCUUGUUCUUUUAGUGCUCGCGUUUUUGCAGACCUUCUUCACCAUCGAGCCUUAUGUGAAUCGUAAACACUAAACGCUCCCGUUUCGCCUCCCCUACCCACAAUGAACAGUGUUUGGUUGUAGUUUUUAAGAGGAUCGUAGAUGUUAAAGACUGGAAAGUUCUGAGUUCUUGUAAUAAUGUAAGUACGUAUGAAAUGCUCAUUUGUGGA